AUGAUUGCAGAUGUGGCAUUAGCAGCACAAGGGCGAUUCACAGGCGACCCGUCCCAUGAGUAUGAGCACACAGAGAUGCGCAUUAAGGGAGAGGGGGACGACGCCACGGAGGAAGAGGUCACGGUGAAAGUGAAUGAGGCAAGUAGACUGGCAACAGCCGUGUCAAACAUCGAUAAAGAUGCGUCUGUAGUGCCACGUGGUGCAUUUACCAAGAGCCCCAGCGGCAAAGUGCAGACAAACCGAAGCUUUGGAGAUCCCAUCGAGGCUGCGAAACUGCGCAACUAUCUGCACUUCCGUGAGCCGGUUAACCUGAAAAAGAAGUCCAUCCUGGAAAUGUCUCACCUAAACCCUGCUAUUGACUUCCUAGAUCCUUUGAGCGAGGACAUUCCCAAAGGGUCAUGGAGCCUCCAGCUUGAGCGGGGCAGCACUAUGUGUGUAUUACGCAGUUUGCUCUGGCUGGGUCUCACCUUCUUCCACAUUCCCCAGACCCCUCAGCAUGGGCACAUCUACAUGGGAGACGGACUGAUGAACCUUGACCUGCCCUUCAUGUUAUAG